AGUGCGCGCAGAUGACAGUUCGAGGCGGUGCUUUCAGGCUAUGCUUUAUUGCUCGGGAGGGGGACAUUACUGAGUCGGGCGUGGGAGUCAGGCAAUCUUUCCUAUUCUAUCUGGAUAAAUGAAAGCUGACAACUAGACCACUUUAUUGCAGCGUCCAUCACAGACUGUCUCGGGCAUCUUGCUGCGUCUAAAACUUUGAAUUGUGCCCCCUCGCCGAGGAGCACUCCAACCCGCUCGAAGAAGAACGACGGCCGGACAACGCUCAUCAUCGCGAAAUAUAGACGCAGGCAGCAUGUCCGCCCCCACAGACCCAGAGGUGAAGGAGCUGAACCCAGUCGACUUCAUCCAGCUACAGCAGUACAUUGACUACUGCACGCUGAAGGUUAAAGAUGUGCUGAGGGAAUUUGAUGCAGAUGGCAGGCUGGCCCAGCACAGACAUGGAGAGUGUAUCAAUGAGGAGGGCUUCCGUCUCUUCCUGAAGACCUAUCUGGAGGUGGAGGACUUCCCUAAGGAUCUCUGCCAGCGCCUCUUUCGAUCCUUCCAGAGCGGAACUGAACCUGACGGGCAGGACAAUGCUAAAGAGGUAUUUUUGAAGGACGUUUCAUGUUACUUCUCCCUGUUGGAGGAUGGCCAGCCCAGAGACAAGCUGGAGUUUGCUUUCAAACUGUACGACAGAGAUGGCAAUGGCGUCCUUGACAGCUCCGAGGUGGACCGGAUCAUUGCUCAGAUGAUGCACGCUGCAGAUUACCUUGGUUGGGAUGUGUCUGAGCUGAGACCAGUGCUAAAGGACAUGAUGACGGCCAUCGACGCAGACAGCAGUGGCACGGUCUCUCUGGAUGAGUGGGUGGAGGGAGGAAUGAACAACGUCCCCCUGCUGGUGUUACUGGGUCUGAAGAUGACUCAGAAGGAUGGGCAGCACCUAUGGAGAAUGAAGCAUUUCAACAAGCCUGUCUACUGCAACGUUUGUCAGAGCAUGCUGCUAGGACUGAGGAAACAGGGGCUUUGCUGCACCUGCUGUAAAUACACGGUCCAUGGACGGUGUGCCAACAUAAACCCAGCUCCCUGUACCCGGACCUAUGUCAAAUCUAAGAAAGACACAGGGGUUCCAACCCAUGACUGGGUCAGUGGGAACUGUGACUCUGGGAAGUGUGACAAGUGUCAGAAGAAGAUCAAGAGUUAUCACGGGCUGACGGGAAAACACUGUGUCUGGUGUCACUCCAUGCGCCAUGAUGACUGUGCCUCCCAGGAGCCCUCCGACUGUAACUGUGGACCUCUCAGAGACCAUAUCCUCCCCCCCUGGGCUAUCUACCCUGUUAUAAAGGAGAGGUCAAACAGCAUAAAGAACGGCUCCUCAAGCUCAGCCGAAGACAGUGACCACAACACCACUCCUGAUGGACAGGUGCUUCAGAUUAAUCCGGUACCAGACACUCAUCCUCUUCUAGUGUUUGUGAACCCUAAAAGUGGAGGCAAGCAGGGAGAAAGAGUUCUGCGCAAAUUUCAGUAUUUGCUGAAUCCACGGCAGGUGUACAACCUCUCCAACGGUGGACCUGGACCGGGGCUGUGCUUCUUCAGAUCUCUGAAGGAUUACAGGAUCUUGGUUUGCGGAGGGGACGGCACUGUGGGCUGGAUACUUGAUGCCAUAGACAAAGCCAAUCUUCAAGUGCGGCCACCUGUGGCUGUGUUACCCCUGGGCACAGGAAAUGACCUCGCACGUUGUCUUAGAUGGGGAGGAGGUUAUGAUGGGACAGAUCUGUGUCGUAUCCUGAAGGAGAUUGAGGUCAGCACCCCGGUGCUGAUGGACCGCUGGAAUGUAGAGGUGAUCCUAGAGGACCCCCAGGAGACAGGAGACCCUGUGCCUUAUGAGAUCAUCAACAACUACUUCUCCAUCGGCGUGGACGCCUCUAUUGCCCACCGUUUUCAUACGAUGAGAGAGAAACACCCCCAGAAAUUCAACAGCAGAAUGAAGAACAAGUUGUGGUACUUUGAGUUUGCCACCUCAGAGACCAUCUCUGCUUCGUGCAAGAAACUGAAUGAAUGUCUUACAAUUGAGUGCUGCGGCACCCCAUUAGACCUGAGUGGCCGUUCUAUGGAGGGGAUCGCUGUCCUCAACAUUCCCAGCAUGCACGGUGGAUCCAACCUGUGGGGAGAAGCCAAGAAGAGUGAAUGCAAGUGCUUGAUGAAUCCUCAGGAAAUGCCUGUGGUUAUUGUUGACCCUGAAGUCUUGAAAGUCAGUGGACAAGACGUCAGUGACCGGCGUUUGGAGGUGGUUGGCCUCGAAGGGGCCAUGGAGAUGGGACAGAUAUAUACAGGACUUAAGAGCGCUAUACGACUAGCAAAAACCUCCCAGAUCACAAUCAGGACGAAGAAACCUUUACCGAUGCAGAUAGACGGAGAGCCCUGGAUGCAGCCACCGUGUACGAUUCACAUCACACACAAGAACCAGGCCAGUAUGCUGAUGGCUCCCCAGGGCCGGUCCAGCUUCUUCAGCUCAAAGUAGUAGCCUGCUCCCCUGGCUUCAAGCUGUAACAUGGCUGGCCUGUAUACACUUGCUUAUUAUUGUACAUUUUGUUAAAGGCCCAGUGCAGUCAAAUGUGAUUUUCCUGUGUUUUAUAUAUAUUUCCUCUCUGAGGUUAGAGUAAUAUUGUGCAAAUUAUUAUAAUGUCCUUUUAGUGCAAGAGCUGUUUGAAGAGACUGCCUAACAUUUCUGCCUGUUUUGCUGUGAAGGAGUUUUGGCCAUGGUAGUAAGUUAGCGAAUAGACUGAUAAGAAAUAGUUCCAAACCUCUCUGUCAGUGUCAACAGAUGUGGUAAAGAGGUCAAUGGAAGUUGACCAAAACAAGGAAAAUGCCAUGGAAACGCGGUGGGGUGGAGAUCCUGAAAAAUGUGCCUACAUUUGCAUUUAUGCUAUUGUUUGUGUAUUUCACACUAUGUUGAGGUAGAAAUAGGAGUAUAAUGCUUGUAUGGAUGUCAACCCCAAUACAUGUUAAAUCAAAUCAUCUUCACCAAUCAAGUCAUCAAUCAACGUCAAUAUAGUUGAAAACAUCUUUGAUUACCACCACUGAUUUCUGUGUGCUUCCAGCUUAUACCAACCGGAAGUUAGCAUUUAGCAGUCACUUCUUCUAAACCUGAAAAGGGACAACUUAUUGAUGUUAUGCAGCUAAAACAGCCAAACAUAUCCAAAUCAGACUUCAGUAACUUCAGUUCCAUGCUUCCUCUGGAAGCAACGUCAGCAGAAGAACUGUUUCAUCGGGAGGUUCAUGAAAUGGGUUUCCAUGGGCGAGCAGCCUAAGAUCAAAAUGCGCAAAGCCAAGCGUCGGCUGGAGUGGUGUAAAGCUCGCCACCAUUGGAGCAGUGGAAAUGCGUUCUCUGAAAUGAUGAAUCACACUUCACCAUCUGGCAGUCCGACGGACUAAUCUGGGUUUGGCAGAUGCCAGGAGAACUCUAGCUGCCCGAGUGCAUAGUGCUAACUGUAAAGUUUGGUGGAGGAGGAAUAAUGGUAUGGGGCUGCUUUUCGUGGUUCGUGCUAGGCCCCUUAGUUCCAGCGAAGGGAAAUCUUAAUACUACAGCAUACAAUGACAUUCUAGACGACUCUGUGCUUCAAACUUUGUGGCAACAGUUUGGGAAAAGCCUUUUCCUGUUUCAGCAUGACAAUGCCUCCGUGCACAAAGCGAGGUCCAUACAGAAAUGGUUUGUUGAGAUCGGUGUGGAAGAACUUCACUGGCCUGCACAGAGAGGCCUUACCUCAACCCCAACGAACACCUUUGGAAUGAAUUGGAAUGUCGACUGCGAGCCAGGCUUAAUCACCCAACCUCUCUAAUGCUCUUGUGGCUGAAUGGAAGCAAGUGCCCACAGCAAUGUUCCAACAUAAUAAAACAUAAUAAUUCGAUAUAUCACCCAGCCCAAAUUGUGGGCCUGUUAAAAUGCAUCAAUCGUGACGGAUUUGACGAAUAUCCACUUUGUUAGAUCAGAUUUGUUGGUUGUCCACCAAUCCGGCAUCCUCCUAUCCCCCGUGGUCUGCAUUCCGUUGACCUCUUUAUCGCAUCUAUAACAGCUCAUUGUCAGUUUUCCCCUCCCCACUCAGACCACUCCCAGACGGUCCUUGCAAAAUUAUUGCUUGAGGAAUUGCCCUUUGCUUAGAAGUUAUUCUUGACCAUUUUAAAUGAAAACAGCCACAGUAAGGUAUUUAAUUGCUACGUAGAAAUGAUUUGAUAUUGAGAUAAAAAUGGUUACAUUGGACCUUUUUAAAUGACUGAAGCAACUUGGUUUGUCAAACAGUUGGUAUGUGCAUGUUUUAGAGAGAUGUUGACCAACAUUUUCAGAAAGUUCAGUACGUAUGUUUUUGUUCUGCCACAAUGCAAGUCUAUAUUAUGAAAGCCUUACAAACUACAGAUGUAGAUUAACUUGAUGUCCACAGUUAUAUAUUUAAGCUAAGAACUUAGUGUGCCUUUUGUCAUAAUUUAGCCAAAUUCAUCUAAUGCGUUUAUCAAGGAGUGAAAAACUGUGCUAUGAUUCUGCUUGAAAACUUUGAGUGAAAUGUUUAUUUAGCAAGGUUUUUAUUGUAACUGCAUUUUCUAAUUUGUUAUUCUAUUUUAGUAGGAUCAUUUUAAAUGUGUGUAUGUACAGUACCAGUCAAAAGUUUGGACAGUUUGCGUGUGUCUCAUUCAAGGGUUUUUCUUUAUUUUUACUAUUUUCUACAUUGUACAAUAAUAAUAAUGAAGACAUCAAAACAAUGAAAUAACACAUUUUUACUGUUAUUUUACUGCUGCUCUUUAACUAUUUCUUUUUUUUAAAUGAUUUACUUAACACUUAUUUUUCUUAACUGCAUUGUUGGUUAAGGGCUUGUAGAGAGAAUGCCAAGCAUGUGCAAAACUGUCAAGGCAAAGGGUGGCUACUUUGAAGAAUCUAAAAUAUAUUUUGAUUUGUUUAACACUUUUUGGUUAAUUCCACAUGUGUUAUGUAGUAUUUCAUUGUUUUCACUAUUAUUCUUCACUAUUAUUUGACAAUGUAGAAAAUAGUAAAAAUAAAGAAACCCUUGAAUGAGUAGGUGUGUCCAAACUUUUGAUGUGUGUGUGUGUGUGUGUGUGUGUGUGUGUGUGUGUGUGUGUGUGUGUGUGUGUGAGAACUGAGCAAAAAAAGAAACGUCCCUUUUUCAGGACCCUGUCUUUCAAAGAUAAUUAAUAAACUCCAAAUAACUUCACAGAUCUUCAUUGGAAAGGGUUUAAACACUGUUUCCCAUGCUUUUUUCAAUGACCCAUAAACAAUGAAUGGACAUGCACCUGUGGAACGGUUGUUAAGACACUAACAGCUUACAAACGGUUGGCAAUUAAAGUCACAGUUAUGAAAACUUAGGACACUAAAGAGGCCUUUCUACUGACUCUGAAAAACACCAAAAGAAAGAUGCCCAUGAUCCCUGCUCAUCUGCGUGUACUUGCAUGAGGCAAGGAGGCAUACGGACUGCAGAUGUGGCCAGGGCAAUAAAUUGCCAUGUCCGUACUGUGAGACGCCUUUGACAGUGCUACGGGGAGAUAGGACGGACAGCUGAUCCUCGCAGUGGCAGACAACAUGUAACAGCACCUGCACAGGAUCGGUACAUCUGAACAUCACACCUGCAGGACAGGUACAGGAUGGCAACAACAACUGCCCGAGUUACACCAGGAACGCACAAUCCCUCCAUCAGUGCUCAGACUGUCCACAAUAGGCUGAGAGAGGCUGGACUGAGGGCUUGUAGGCCUGUUGUAAGGCAGGUCCUCACCAGACAUCAACAACAUUGCCUAUGGGCACAAACCCACCGUCGCUGGACCAGAUAGGGCUGGCAAAAAGUACUCUUCACUGACGAGUCGCGGUUUUGUCUCACCAGGGGUGAUGGUCAGAUUCGCGUUUAUUGACGAAGGAAUGAGCGAGGCCUGUACUCUGGAGCGGGAUCGAUUUGGAGCUGGAGGGUCUGUCAUGGUCUGUGGCGGUGUGUCACAGUAUCAUCGGACUGAGCUUGUUGUCAUUGCAGGCAAUCUCAAAGCUGUGCGUUACAGUGAAGACGUCCUCCUCCCUCAUGUGGUACCCUUCCUGCAGGCUCAUCCUCACAUGGCCCUCCAGCAUGACAAUGCCACCAGCCAUACUGUUCGUUCUGUGUGUGAUGUCUUGCUGUGUUCUGCCAUGGCCACCGAAGAGCCCAAAUCUCAAUCCCAUCGAGCACGUCUAGGACCUGUUGGAUAGGAGGGUGAGGGCUAGGACCAUUCCCUCCAGAAAUGUCCGGGAACUUGCAGGUGCCUUGGUGGAAGAGUGGGGUAAUAUCUCACAGCAAGAACUGGCAAAUCUGGUUCAGUCCAUGAGGAGGAGAUGCACUGCAGUACUUAAUGCAGCUGGUGGCCACACCAGAUACUGACUGUUACUUUUGAUUUUGACUCCCCCCCCCCUUUGUUCAGGGACACAUUAUUCCAUUUCUGUUAGUCACAUGUCUGUGGGACUUGUUCCGUUUGGCUCAGUUGUUGAAUCUUAUGUUCAUACAAAUAUUUACACAUGUUAAGUUUGCUGAAAAUAAAUGCAGUUGACAGUGAAAGGACUUUUCUUUUCUUGCUGUGUGUGUGUGUGUGUGUGUGUGUGUGUAAAUAUAUGGUCAUUAAAAGUCUAGAUUUUUCUAGGAUGUAUUAAGCUAUGAAAUAUUUUGAAUUGCAAUGCAUACAGCUUCUGGUAAUAUACCCACAAGUCAUAAUUAAUGCAGAUUGUAUUUGAAAUGAUUAUGCACUCAUUAGUGCUUAUGUAUGUAAGCAGGAAACCCUUUGCCCCAAUGUCCUAAGACCAAACCACAUUGAAUUGUUUUAAAAGCAGACCUUAAAUGUCCUUUUAAAUAAGCUUUUAGUUGUAAUAUAUUGAGUGACCGUUUGGAUUGAAAACGAAUUGUUUACUUCUCUCUCAAUGCAAGGCAUCUGUUUAUCUUAUUGAAUAUAUCUAAUUGGAGGUUAGCCAUAUCAUAAAUCCUGAGAAUGUUAACAAAUAUUUCAAAUGAUGCUGUAUAUAUUUCAAUAAACCAUCAUGACAUGA